AUGGUACCGAAAUCAGAAAAGGAUACCGAACCAAGUGCGGAAACCUUGGAAAAGAAACCACGAAUUGUGUUAAGAGAAAAGAAGAGAGGAGCAGCGGCUAGAGUGGCGAUGAAAGAGCAAUGGCGAUCGUCGACAACACUCCUUGAUAGUAUUUAUCAGGAUGUAAGCAAAACAAUUCCGACAGUAGAAUCGAUGUCUACAUUUGAUUUACGUCGUUCAACAGCGUCGAUCAGCCCAGUGCGUCAAGGUGGUCGUCGUUCGGCCAGUAUGGCGCAUCUUGCCGCCACACCUUCUGAAAGUCCAGAAAGUAUUAGAGCCUUUAACAAGCGGUUUGGCAGCACGACACCUUCGGAAACGAGCAGCAAUAAGUCAGCCUCUUCGUCUGAGAUGUUCGAAACCAUUGAUCGUCUGAUUCCAAUGCUUAAUCGAUUAGUGGCUGGUCGUUAUUUAGAAUUAAAGACGUUAACCGAAACAUUGAAACGAUGGCAAAAUAUAUUGCAGCGGCGCAACAACCAUCGUAGCUCAAUGACACGAUCAUCACUUUUCCACACACCAAGUAGUACAGCCAGCGAAGAAUUAGACGACAACGUUUUGAUGGUCGGAGAUUUUCAUUCUGAGAAUGACAGUGGUAUUGAUUCGUUGAGACAGCACUCUUCACCGUUCUCGAAUGACGGAGUGCACAAAAAGUUUGUGGAGAGUGCUGGGCGAAGAGACGGGAAACGCUUCAAGCAGAUGAAAGAGCGGCGAAAAUCGCUCGGUGCUAUGUUGGAUCCUGCAGAACUCGAGCGGAUGUACCUAGAAAGUGAUCGGUUCUGGGAAGCUCCCGACGAUGAUACCAAAGGUACCGUAACUGGAAACGCCGAGAUCGACGUUUGCUUACGGUAUCACCUAUUGAGAGUGAAUAAAUGCGUGCAGUUCCUGGAAACGAUCUCUGUGGAAAAUCCACUUGUGUAUAAAUCCACGGAGACACUGAAGAGAUUGCAAACGGAGACGGUGACUCUGGACAGUCUAUUACGAAUCGCCAACACUGUGCCUGCUGUUCCAAAUGUCACUAAAGUGCUGACAGAAAUUGGUGCCGAUCCGUCAGUAAAAGAAAUCUGGAUAUCAACUUGUUAUCCGCUUCAUACCCAACUACUCGUACCAAGAGAUGAUCUUCGAACACAAGUGAAGCUGAAUAUCGCUCAUAUCGUCGAACAAAGCUAUCCGCAUCUCGUCAACAGAGUUGCCGAUUCAAUCAUUCGACUAAUGGCCGACUAUGCGCAAGAAGAGAUGAAAACUGUGACUGUAUUCCACUUCGUUGGGAUUUUUAAAGGACGACACUUUGAGUCCUAUGUGGAAAAUCUUGGUCACGAUGCGUGGAUGGUUUCAUUGCUCUCUAGUGGGCAAGCCUCACGGGUACUACAAGUGGCUGAACGACUGUCACGAGUUCCGAUUGUUCCGCCGUUGGAGAGCUUGAAGCAGAUCGGCAUCAUUCUGGCCGAUGGUGAUGAACAAAAUCGACGAAUACUUGAACGCUAUCUGUCGUCAGCACGAGGCCAACUUCAGUCAGACUUGAUCUCCUCCUAUCUUUGCCUACUAGAAGCCGAUGAAGAACUUGGUCGCCUUGGAGCCGUUUGCGCGCUCACCGUCAUUGGCGUCAGUUCGAUUUUUUUCACUUCGUGA